GGUUGAGAGUCUGCAACAUCAGUCAUCAUGUCUGUGUGCAGAGCGCUGCUGUCUCUGGUCCUGCUGGUGUCGGCCGCCUCAGCCAGCCACUUCUGGGGAGGCACCAUGUCCUUCCUCCCUAAAGGACGCAACCCAGACGGAUCCUACAGGGUGGACCUCCGCUACAAGGACACUUUCGAUUCCUGCAUACCAAGGCUGAAUUGGGUUUGCGCUACCGGUAAUUGCGGACGUCAGACUAACUUGGAAGCUGGCCAGAUAUAUGACACCAAUGGAAAGAACCAGAACAAUUACAACUGGUGCCAAGAAGAAGGAGUCAUAACUAGGCACCUUACAAGUGACAAGCCUUUUCGACUAAGUGCAUCUGAUUGCUGCUGGGUAGCCUUGGAUUCUGGGGGCUCUUGGUGGAACCUUGAAGUCCUGGUGGAUCUUGGACGUCGAUCUGACACAAAUGAACCAAAUCAUUCUCCACACACUACCAUCAUAUCAUUUGUCCGUGUUCCACAGAACUGUCCUCGUGCAUACAACUUCAUUGGUGGUGAUUCAGAUGGCGAUGAGAUACGAUGUAGAGGCAGCACGGAUCUACCCACAGGCUUCCAGCUUGACAAAGAUUCUUGUGCUGUAUACUACAGUCCAAGUGGCAUGCUUGGAUCACAUAGCAUCCGGCUUAUUGUUGAGGACUACCCCAAGACUAACAUCACUCUCUCGUAUAACGAUGGAACGAUAUCUUACAAGGGCCCAAUCCAGGCCGCCCGUCAACAACGCUCUGUUGGGGGGUGGCUAGGGAUUUCAACACCCACACCUUCCAGUCCCCCUACUCUUACUUCGACUGCUGCUGUUACUACAACACCUCCUACUACAACAAGGCCUACUACUACCAAUAGUAAUAACCCUGCUGUUGUCGGGUCUACCAUGGCUGCAGGAGUCAAUACUCCUGCUUCCACCACAAGACCAACUAUGGCCAGUUCUUCAACCAGGUCACCAACACCAACUCCCUCUUGGCCGUAUGCCAGUGCUUCACAAAGCACUCCAGCAGAUCCAUUAAGUGAUCUUUCUCUACAGUUUGUCAUUGUUGUUGAUUCCUCAGUGCCAUCUUGCAGCGCGGGAGUGUACCUGCCCCAGUUCCUCCAUCCGACCCCAGCUGACAGAGAACGGCUGCAUGCUGCCAUCAACCAGGAGCUGGAAAUCAGGAUUAGAGCAGCAGCUACUCACUCCGUGGUUCAUGAUGUUAUCAUGAGUGGACCUCUUAACAUUAAAAAGGACAAGACCUCUGCUGGAGAGUAUGUCCUUCGAUGGACACCGAGGAGUGAUGACCUUGGAGAACAUUUUCCCAUCUGUUUCAUCGCAGAGAGCAAAGCCGGGAGUAUCUUUUACCAAUCUGACAUGAGAUGUGUCAUUGUGGAAGUUGUGGAACGUGAACAGGCUUUCGUAGGCAAUGUCAUUUGUUCUGAAAACUUCAUGGUCAUCGAAGUGAACAAAACACAAUCGGAUAAAAUCAGAAUACAUGAAGACCACCUAAGACUCAACGACCCUUCCUGCACCCUCUACUCUAACGGCACACAUGUCUUCGCCAACAUGUCCCUGAACACCUGUGGGACUGUCAUGGAGGAGGAUGACGCCAAUAUCAUUUUCAAGAAUGAGAUUGUGUCCGUUGACAACCCGAAUGACGUCAUAACCAGGCACAAACAGGUGCAGCUACAGUUUUUUUGCAAGUAUCCCAAAAAAGGCAGUGUGACCCUCGAGUUUGACGUCCACAGAAGCCCAUUUGUAUUCGUUCAAAAAGGAUUCGGCACUUUCAGCUACCAGUUUGAGUUCUUCCACUCCAGUCAGUUUCGAAAUAUGGAGGACCCUAGCACCUAUCCUCUCGAGUACGACCUUGGAGACAUGAUGUACAUGCAAAUUGAAGCAACAUCCCCAGUCAACAACACUGAGCUCUUUGUGGAGUCUUGCCAGGCCAGUCCCAGUGAUGACCCCAAUUCCCACACCUCCUACUCGAUCAUCAGUAAUGGAUGCAUUCAAGAUGAAACGCUGCAGUUCUUUUCAAAUCAUGGCAAUAUUGUCAAGUUUGGAAUGAAGGCUUUCAAGUUCAUUGGAUUGCAUGAUCAGGUGUUCAUCACGUGUUCGGUCAUCCUGUGUGAGGCUGACAAUUCCAACACCAGGUGUUCCCAGGGCUGCAUGAACACCACAGCUGCACCUGCAGCACACCACCACCACAGGAGAGAGGCUCCCAUCCAGACCAUCAGCCACUUCAUCUCCCAGGGACCCGUGAGGCUCAGCAGGAGCGUCAACCUCAAGGAUGCUGCAAGCACAGUGACUUCCAAUGGUUUGAACAUGAAUCUUGUGUUCAUUGCUGGAUGCUUGCUCCUGGCUAUGGGUAUGUUGUGUGGUGCUCUGAUCUACACGAAACGACCCAAGGCAGCAUAUCAGCCCCUGCCAACUAACGAUUACCAAUGAUUUUGGCUUU